AUGGAAGGUAGCGUCUUCGGAAAGAACUCGGGGGCUUGGAACAGUUGUAAUGCUGUCAUAAACAAGCUAUUCGAUACAACACCGGAUACAGUGAACAAAGUAUCUAACUCUUUGAAUUCCGUAGAUGCUCUUAUCCGGACGGGUAAGCCAAAAGGUCUCUAUUUUGUUGCAAAUAAGGAUUUAAUUUGUUUAAAUUUAGGCGACAUUUAAGGUACAUAGCAGUAUUUGACGAAAAUUCUUAUUUGAGCAUGAGAGUAAAGUCAAUAUGGCCACAUUAGGCUGUGUUGCGAAUUCGAAUUGGGUGUGCAGUUCAUGAAGUCGUUUAAAUUUCGCCCCAGUGUAAUAUGGCGGCUGUAUUUGGAGUGAUUCUUCGAUAAGUAUUGGUUACAAGGCAGUGAUGCAAGUGAUUAUGCGCGUUCCGUUCGCUCACUAAGUUGUGCGGCAGUAGGUUGAGAUCCGUUAGAACAGCAGUCUGGGUCAAUUAUGACAAGAUCUGGGGCUAUCACCGGCUCGAUUUUUUAUAAAACUGUUUUUUAACGCAGCUAGCUUUCUGCCAUUAAAGGUUAUGCCGUAUACGUGCAGUCCUUUCCCUCACAUGUACUUAGAAGUGAGUUCUUUUCAGAAAUGUCAACUCAUGCCUCUGCGCCACACACAAAGUUUCUCCUAAAAACUUUAAAUUGUUAUUUUUAUGUAAGGUUACACCACAGGCUAAUGCAAUUCUCCGCUAACAGCCACCCAUUUUAGACGUUACUGAACGUAGUACAAAAAUACUACAUGGUUCACCACAAUGACAGCACAUAGGCACUGGUGAAAAUCCAGACACUUGUCUCAUCUAUUCGUCUGCCGCUGCCUGACGCAGACGCGAGGGAUUCGGCUUAUCAAUGCGUCAACCAGCGUGCGUCGGGUGCUUUCAGUUACGGGUACUCGAUUUCAACUUUAAAAUCUCCUCAGAAAUUAAUGCGCUAACUUGAAGUAAAUCUUUCAGGAAAACCCCUGGAGGGUCGGUCCGAAGGUUGUCCUAAAGCAUUUACCCCAAGUUAGCGCAUUAAUUUCUGCGGGAACUAAAACGUUUGCACUCCAGUUACUGGGUGUACCAGAAACACGUGAGAAGUGCUGAGGAACCCGAUUAUCAGGCGAGUCUUCCGCAGCCACGUCAUUUGGUCGCAGAAAAUCGGCGAAAGGUGUGUCUGGGCUUUUAACUAACGUCUGCGCGGUCAGUAUGAUUAUCCAGGCAACAUAUGUAUACUACUGAUUUCCUGUUGGAGGAUUAUAAUGAGUACCCGAUUAUGCCGUUGUAGCUGAUGAAUUUUGACUUAAAUAUCCAUGUCCACACUCGAACCGAGCGCCGAAUGGUUUGUAGAGAAGGACUCACUUCAAAUCAGCGCAUUAAUUACCGUGUCAUCAGGAUCUUAUCCGCCGGGGACUCACCUUUAAAUUUACGUGCUAAGUCCUUACAGGCAUAAUUUUGUUUGCCACAGAACGCGUAAAGUUUGCAUACAUGAGCCGCAGGUGGGGCCGCGGCGUUCUCGACUCACCCAGACUCCUGUGUUUGCGUAUAUCCUUACCUCCUAGUGGCCACUCAGUUACGAUUUCCUGUCCCAUACUGAAAGGGCAGGUUGCCUUUUUAAAUAUAAAUGAUGAAUCAAAUGUGUACUGCUCGUACGCACAGUAUGUAUAUGAAAGUUAAAGACUCCGAGUGUAAUGAGUGCAGUUGGUCUCACAGAGAAAACGACGCAGUUGCAGAGAUGGGGCCCGGAAGUGUUGUCUAUGCGGCCAUAUGCCAUCAUUUAGACCGACAAUUUCUUGUCGUCUAUGAAGUCGUUAUCACGGAAAAAUCACACUCAUUCGUAGUAUAUUUUUAAAUAAUUGUUUCAUGCAGAACUCUUAUUGCGCAAAGAGUUGGCAAGAUCUUCAGUGAAGGUACGCAUUUGGUGAUAAUUAAUACUUUAAACAGUGGAAAGCUUUAGCUUGAAACCAAGGUGAAGUCCUUAAAACCUUCGCAGUACUGCAUCGAUUUCAAGGAGGGGGGUUGAGCUUCAUAGCUGCUGGAACAUAAAGCUCCUCCAGUUGUUCUAAUUUACCGACAGUCACGUACCAUGCCCCCCAACAAAGGAGAGAGAAAGGGGUCUGUUUAAUGCUUCUUGAUCGGAGUUCGAGUUAACGUUUUAGAACAGAUUUUGCGCCCAAAUUUAUUGUGCAUGAUGCAGCACUAAUUCCCAAGGCUUAACGUUGUGGUUAGAACUAGUCUCGAUAGUUAGGAUCACAUUUUUGUGUUAGAAAACUACAUAGAUUUUAUAAACGGAAGUUAAGGAAAACAAAUAUCACUUUCCCCAAGUUACCAUUUCCAUUGAUCAAACUGUAUGCGCUGAACAAUAACUUUUCGAUUUUCGUGUUGAUUUUCUAGGCAAAUUCAACUUGUUGUAUGCCCUUAUUCGUAAUCUGUUACGCAAUGACGGGUUGCAGUUGAUAAGCUGUCGUUAAAUGUAUUGGUCCAGCAAAUUCGGUUGUUUACGCCCUUUUUAAAUGCCCAUUGAGGACAAAAUGCUUCAGGCAUCUUCUUGUUGACUAUUAUACGUUCGUAUUUGUCAGUUUUCGAGGGAAGAACUUAACAAAAUAUGCGUAGAAUAAAGCGCUGCAUUAGUAGGUGGAGGUUACAGCAUAAAAGCACCAUUUCUUCACAUGCAAAGACUGCUUAAAAAGAAUAACAUCUCACUAAGUAGACUGUUACAUAGCCCACGAGCACGUAAAAAGAUCGUCAAAAUAUGAAAGGGUUAGAAAUUCAUAUACUUUGCAAAGUCAUAUCAGCAAUUUAAGCAACAAGCAGGUAGCAGUUUCUUUGAGGCCUGCUUUGUUUUUGAGAAAGGAUGUCUGAGCCGCUACUGAACCCCCCGUUCAACUGUUCCCAUUUGUAAACUUCGACUGAACCACAGAAAGCACGUUGUUCUCAGGCACCUGGGUUAGCCAGGAACUUUGAGUUGUUCACAGCUCUGUGCUACAAGCCCGCGCUUGAAACACCGGUGUGUACGCGCUACUCAUAGAAAAUAGCAUAGUGAGUGGACGAAAUUGCCCCCGAAUAAGUGGGAUAACGCUCAAGGCAGGCGACUGUAUUCUCGACCAAUUGCAUUUUGCGGGCUUUUGCAUUCUCCCCACAAUUCGCUCAGCACUUCGGCGGCGGCGGCGGCGGCGGCGGCGGCAAUCCACCGCCACAUCGACAAACUCCAUCUGCCCUGUUCAGUCCCUGUCGCACCAAACGUGUUAGCGCAUUGGUUUCGUGCAACUGACUGAUUAAGUCAGAAGAAGACACCUCCGUUCCGCUCAUCACAGUACACUUAAUUGAAACUGCUCAAAGCUGAAAUGGCACACCAGAAACGAAAUUUACUCAUUCAAUCUAUAUUUUGGGUAUUUGAGUAAAAACGGCAUAUAAAAAGCCAAAUUCACAUUUUAGAGAGUUUAGGUGCUUUUCACUCAGGUCUGCCAAAGUUAUUUUUGUGUUUGCCUUUGUUUUCAGAUAAGUCUGGAUUUCUUUAUUGUGCUAUGAAGUUGUGUGAAGCGCAUCUAGUUAAUCGUGACUUCAGUAAGCUAAAAAACUUGCAACACGUGUGCACUACUGGCUGCCUGUUGGUAGUUCAUAAAGAUUACGCUGUUACUCCGAUGAAGCCAAACGCAUUCGGCCCAAAUAUUCACUCCGAUGAGCCUAUUUCCGGUUGCUUCGAAAAGUGCACUUUCCAAGAACUGAUGUCUACAGUAGAUGUGCUAACUAAUGAAAUGUUAACUGAAAUUGUGAAAUGUGUUUUCGACUCGAGAAGACUACUUAGAGCAGGUGGAUUAACUCAUGAAAUGUCAAUCGAAAUUCCGAAAUGCCUUUCCAUUUAGAAGAGAUAAAUUAAGUAGGAUUGUUCAAAUAAUCAUCAUACAGAGUAAUUAUAUGAUAAUUCAGUUACCUCAGGACGCCGUCUUUCGAAUGAACUUCUGUCAGACUGCACACAAAAACUAUAUUCUGUAAAAAAUGACUACUUAUGUAACGUAAACUUUGCUAUCCGAUCCUCAUUGCCCUAAAAUAUUCAAUUAUAAUCCAUGGAAAGCAUGCAUGAAAAUAUUCAUUUUUUUGCUCAUUCGGUGGGAACAUACGACUUCUUCUAAUUUUAUACUCAAAGGAAGGGUUUAAUUAGGUUUUCAAAAACUUACUAUUUCCGAGUAAUUUUGAGCCCGACCUGCCGUUACACUUGCAUUCAGGGUUUCCAAACUGCAAGCCGUAUACUUCCCGCGUACGGAAAUCCUUAUAUUUAUCUACGGAAUUAAGAGGAGACUAUAUGGGGUUCAUAAAAUUUGGCAGUGGGUUUGGGCCCUAUUGUGAACUUUACAAGCCAUAUUGGUAAAUUCAGAGACAUUACGUUUUAUGAGCGGCCAUUUCAGGGUAUUAAAAAUCCCACAAUUAUAAACCUUUUAAAACCGAAUUAUACCCUUCCUCUGAGUAUAAAAUUGGAGGAAGACCUAAUUUUCUGACGAAUAAGCAAAAGGAUUUAAUAUUUUAAUGCAUGCUUUCCAUGGAAUAUAAUUGAAUAUUUAAGGGUAUCUAGAAUCAGUUAAAAAAUUUUACGUUACUUAGUCAUUUUUUACAGAGUAUGGUUUUUGCAUGUAAGAGGAAAAAGUUCGUUCGAAAUUAUUAUAGAAUUACGCUGUAUGAUGAUUAUUUUUACAAUCCUACUUAGUAAAUUUCUUCGAAACGAAGACGCAUUUCGUAAAUUCUGUCUAAAUUUCAUGAGUUAGCCCAGGUAUUGUAAGUAGGGUCGUAAUAUUAAUCACCGCGCAGCAUAAUCCCAUAAUAAUUCCAUUAGGUCAGGAUGUUGGCUUUUAAACGAAAUUCUUUCCAGCCGCUUCAAAAAACUACAGGCCGUAAAAAAGGACCACUUAAUUAGGGUGAAUUUUUCCCCUUGACUUUCGAUGCCCUUAUGAAUCGAAAUAUAUCUCAUUGAAAACAUUGCAUAGAAAUAUUCAUUCUUUCACUUAUUUGGCUGAAAAUUCCGUUUUCAAAUUCGUCACUUAAAGAAAGGACAUAAUUCAGUUCCAAAAACCUUUUCCAACUUCCGAAUGCUUUCAAACCUAACCUGCCAUUACACUUACAUUCAAGGUUUCAAAUCCACAAGCUGUAUAUUUUCCGUGUACGGAAAAUCAUAAUUCCUAUGCUCUAUUAAGAUGAGGCCGUAUGCGGUUCAUAAUAUUUCGCAGUGGAUCCGAGUCGUGUUGUAAACUCUACAAGAAACACUGGUAAAUGCAAAGACACGAUGUUUCAUUAAAGAGCAUUUCACGGUCUCAAGAAAUCACAUAAUUAGAAACUUUUUAAAGACCGAGUUUUACCCUUCUUCCUUCAAAUAUAAAAUUUGGAGGAGACGUAAUUUUCUCCUAAAUGAGUAAAAGCAUGAAUAUUUUCAUGCGUUUUUAUAAGAUAUAUUCGAGUUUAUAAGGGGGUCGAAAAUUGAUUAGGAAAAUUUAUGCUACUUAAGCAGUCAUCUUUUACAGAGUAUAGUUUUUGCAGGUAGCCGGAGAAAAUGUCAUUGAAGAGCCGACAUCUUGAACUACUGGAAUUAUCAUGAGAUUAUUCUGCACUGUAAUUAAUAUUACAACCCUACCUAAGUAGUUUUUUAGAGUCGAAAACACGUUCCAGAAUUUCGGUUAGCAUUUCAUGAGCUAGCGCAUCUACUGUAGGUACUAUACUCUUUUCCAUUGGUGUUUCAUAGAAGCCGUGCAGGAAAGUAUUCUCUUCUGCACUCCCUCGGUGCCAAACUAUGUCUUCUUUAAAUUUCCAAAUGAUUUUGAAUUCGACCUGCUGUUGCCCUUGCGUUGAGGGUUGUCAAACCUGAAGCUGUAUAUUUUCACUGUAACGGAGGAAUCAGGAAUUUGCAUUCGCUAUUAGGAAGACGUCAUAAAGCGCUCAUGUGAUUUCGCAGUGGAUGUGGUUGAUGUUGUACACUUUAUAGGCAGCAUCAAUAAACGGAAACGCGAGAAAUUUUGUAAAUGGACAUUUCAAAGUUCUCCAAAUCUCAUUGCAGCCCCCUAUUAGAAUCGAGAAAUACCCUUUUUACAUGUAAGGAGUUUAGGAGGAGACUCAAUCUGCUGUCAAAUGAGUGCACAAGUAAAUACUUUGGGAAUAUUUCCGUCAAUAUGUACUUCAAUUCAUAGACUACUGAAAAUCAGUGAAAGAAGCGAGCACAACAAAAGUCAUUUUUUAGUGAGUUCAGUUUUGGCAGGCGGCCUGAACGAAGCGCAUUCAAAAGCCGACAUCCUGGCAUGACUGAAAUAUUGCGGAAUUAUGCUGCAUGAUAAUCAAUAUCAGAAGCCUCACAUAAUAAAAUCCUUUCGGGUCGAAAGCACAUUUCAGAAUUUCAGUCAGGAGAUUGACCAACUACCGUAUUCUUCUGCGAAUUUGCGCAUUAUUUAGUAUACAUCUACCAGGAAGCCCACAAGGAAUGCGGGAGGUCCUCGUAACUGUGCUACAUCACUAAUCACAUGUCUGGGCUUUUAGCUUGAAUCUGUGCUGUCAGAAUGGCGACAAACAUUAAUUUCAGAAAAAAUGCAAACGCAUUACGGUAGGGGCCUCGCAGAGGCAUUAUGGACAAUGACGAUUUGUCAUUUUUUGAUGAUUCCGACGAACACGGAUUUUUAAGAUGACGCACUUAAUAAUUCUCUAACGGGCUUUAUAAGUUUCCUAACAGCUGCCGCUUAUACAGUAAUUUCUAUCCGGGUUUUUUUCCGGUCGUCGAAAUCUCCGGCUGGUUGUUAACAUUGCCCUGUUCAUUGAGCAAUUGGAAAGUGCCUUUCAUACGAGCAGACAUCAUGCGCCUACAAAGAUGUCCUUUUCCUCCUGGACACUUUAACAGUUACAUAACUAACUGUAUUUAUUAGGCAGCGUUUCUGCCUUCAGACCGUCCGUAAGAUCUGAAAGACGUCUUCACAGUUUGUGGCCAGUAAAGUGUGUCUAACCUCAAAACCCUCGUAACUCUUUGCAAGGUGGUUGUCUGCACAGAUUACCGGUCGAUCGGACGGCCGAAAAGUUUCAGCCGACAUAUACAAGACGAUGGCGAUGGCAAAUGGCCAAUCAGAACAGAGUUCCCGAGAAGGAGUCACUAGACGGCAAUUUUGAACCUUAACCAAAGUCCAUUUGGGAUAAGACAACAGUUUAGCAUUCAUUUUCCUAGGGAGUUUGUGGGAAAACAGGAGCAGAAGUCGUUUCAUUUCUGGUUCAGACAAAAACAUGUUGCUUAAAGUAUUUUGCAGAGUCACUGCACUUGAUAUGCUUGUAUGGCUUCCAUCCAGGGCCACACGCUUAUGUUAUAAGUUUGGAAUAAACAGUUUUCCAGGCUACAAAGUCGGAAGUCAUUCGCCAAUCAGUACCCUUAGGCGCAGGUUGCAGAAAGUCGGAAUCAAGGAAAUGUUUACAACUGAAGCCUUAACUGCCAUAAAAUAACGUCAUUUGAAGGAAUUUUUCUCGGUAUGAAUUAAAGGCAGGCACGCGCAGCAGUAUUUGUUGGAACCAACCGCAACGCCGUCGCUACAUAACACAGACAACGCACAAAAGGCAUACAUUAAUUUGAAUUUGCGAAGAAAAAUCAGUAUAAAACAGUCAUUUCACUGUUUUUUGCACACAGAGUGGUCAAUGAAAAUGGAAACUUAGAAACGCAGUUUAGGAAAGAAAAAAAGGAGAACGUUGACACCCAGAAGGAGGUGCUUUGGAAGUCAUUUAGUCGGGCGCUGAACUACGCUUUCUGACAGUCGAACUAUUAAAACCCGAGGAGACAAAAGGACAUACAGUGCAGCUGGACGCGUUCAGCAACCCCAUUAAAGCUGUAUCAAUUCCAAGGACAAAGGAUGCCUUCCCAUUGCGUGUCGCCUCGAAUAGUAUUUAUGAAUUCACAGACUUGUGGAAGCAAGCGCUUUGAGCAAACAUAGGCAGCUGACAGCCAGGCCUAUUGAGCAAGUGCUUAAAUGGCUUUUAAAACAGGGAAAUUAACUUAUUUGCUCUUUUAUCACGGAAAACCUCCUAGAUAGCGGUCACUCAGUUGACCCUAAAACAUCACUCCGAGUAUUAGUUCGUGCACUAGUAACUCGGUCGCUGCGCUAUUUGGAAGCAGCCUACAUACGGCAGGAGAAAUCCGACCUAUUCAAACUGCUAGACCACCUUGUCAACCUUAACUCGCCCUGAUAAUCCGUAAAUUUACAUCCUCACCUUUUUUGCUUGCCAACUUCCCCAUUUUCUUAAGUUGCGUCUUUCAGUUGUCAUUUUUAUUGAUAAAUCUUUGUCCACUUUACAAUUACCUAACUAUUUUUGCGUUGACGUAUCUGUGCAGAUUCAAAUAUCCGCAUGCGUUUUGUUCGUUACUUCUUUCAUGCAGCGACGAGUUGCAGAUGAUAAGCCGUGGCCAAUGUUGUUGGUAAAAUAAAUCCCGCUAUGAAUGCUGUAUUUUAAAUAGCGUCUUUCAUGAAAAAAGUUAACAGGACCAUGAAGCUCCCUUGAUGGCUGUUUUUACGUAGGCUAAAGUGUUAAAAACUCGCAGAGCCCCUGUAAGAUAUUCCCCCGGAGUCGGCACAGAAAAUAUCCACCGAAGCCACGACGCAAUAGUGUGCUGAUUAAUACGCACUUCCCUACCUGUUAGCCAGCAGCAGGAUUUUUGACCCUGUCUGAUAUUUUUUAAGGUUCCUUAUGUAUUUGGGCGCAGGCAUAUCCCCCCAAUUAAUUUAAUCACUUCGCAUUUAACAAACUUCUAUGUAGUCUACCGGAUGGAAGGCACGUGUUCAAGACGGUCCCGGAGCAGAUAUUUACCACUCAGUAUUACCAAUCUUCCAGCAUCGCCGCUUGCGAACCGUUAACCCUGCUCAAAAGGUUCUCAGUGCUAAUUAGCCUUGCUAGAGGGCAUAGACUCCUGUCCAGAAUUUUGCUGUUUCAGAGUGUGGCAGCCUACGUUCCCCCGACCUGCAGCGGCAGUUGAGUUAUAUGCACAAUCUGUCCAAGCGUUCUUGGAUUCUUCGACAGUUUCCGUCAUUCACUCGGUCAUCCAAACACAAGCUCUCGUCCUUUUUGAUAAAUGUCUUCCGUUUAAACUAUUGUUGCAAAUAUUAAUUUCGGUAAGCGUAGAUAACAACACUAGGUUGGUGUCAAGUAGGUUAGCAUGUGGAAUACUUUACAUGGUUAUUCUUUGGGCAUAGCGAAGUAGAAAGCGAAUUCAAAAGCUACCUCUCAGCGGAUCGCCGAUGCAUAAGCUGGAAUUUCUCAACUUACAGACAGCGACCGAUGUCAUGAAAUGACCGAAAUCCUGAAGUGUUUUGAUAAGGAAGGAUUACUUAGGUACCGUUGUAACACUGAUUAUCUUGCAACGUAAUCUUAUAAUAUUUUGGACUUGGCAGGAUGUCGGCUCUUGGGUACGCUUCUAUUCAAUUUCCUGUAGAAGCUGUACCUGUUAAAAAAUGACUGCUUAAGUAGCAUGCAUUUUUCCCACUGAUUUUCGACGGCCCUAUAAAUUCAAAUAUAUUUUACAGAAUAUAUGCGCCAAACUAUAUUUUUUCACUCAUAUUAUAGAUAAUCAUGUCAACUUCAUAUUUCUUUACUCGGAGAAGGAGUAUAAUUAGGUUUUAAAACAGUUUUCUUAUUCCCGAAUAAUUUGGAGCUUGAUUAGCCGUUGCAUUAGUACCAAGUGAUUUAAGUCUACAAGGUGCAUGCGUUCCGCGCGGGGAAAAUCAUGCAUUCUUCUGUGUCUUUAAAAGGAUGCCAUAUUUAGUCCUUAAAAUUUUGCAAUGGAUGCGGACUAUAUUGUACACUUAAUGAGCAGCAGUGGCAGACGGACAGGUACGGUGCUGUAUGAAUGGAUAUUGCACAGUCUUGAAGAAUCUCACAAUUAAACACCUUUUUAAAAAUUAAAUGUAUUCCUUCUUCAAAUAUACACUAUAAAUUUGACAUGAUUUUCCAUCAAAUGAGUGGAAAAAAGAAUGGUUUUUGCACAUUAUUCUAUAAAAUAUAUUUGAAUUUAUAAGACCAUCGAAGAACAGUGUGAAAAAUACAUGCUACUUAAGUAGUCACCUACAGGAGACUGAAAAGAAAUGCAUUCAAGAGCCGACAUCCAGCAGAGUCCGAAAUAUAGAAUUAUGCCGCAAGAUAAUCAGUCUUACGACGGCGCCUAAGUAAACCUUCUUAAUCAAAAACUCAUUUCAGAAUUUGGGUCAAAAUUUCAUGGGAUCGGUAACUCACUUCUGGAAGUGUGCGGUUUGGCCCUUCUCACUUUUAAUUUACAUUUUCAAGGGGCUCAUCCCGCCUUUCUACUUUGUGUAUCACAUGAUAUUUUAGUUGUCCACUGAACCGGAGCUCGUUUCACAUGCUAUGAGCUCAAUUUACCAACCAGCCCAAAAGGUUAGUUCGUACUUCUAGGCCCUCAGCGGGCGUCCAGGAUUGCCGAGGAAAAGGCGUAUAAAAAAGGUGAGUCGCGCUGAGGCGUCAGCCCUAAACGAGUACCAACAGUUAGGUAGAACAGGUUGGCCAAUUACUUUUCCAGUCGGAACAUUGCGUAUAUUGUUUAGAAGGGAUUUGACCGGAGAGGAAUGUCGUUUCUACCGGCCAUUUUAUUAGUACCAUUUAUGCAGUAAAGCUCUUUGUAAAGCUUGACGUUGGGCCGACUUGAGAUGUCGUCACUGGGUAUCUGGACGAAAUGGAUUUGGGUCCGCGUAUAAAGCUUCCCCAUUAGCCAUCACUGCAAGCUCCAUUUUUGCCGACUCUUGUGAUGUCGCAACGUUGUACCUAACCGCUUCAAAACGUCUAAUUGUCAGCGAGUAACCAAGGAAUCGAACAUUUCCUGCCUGGAACGUAUGAGAGUGGGAAGAAGUCCUUUUAAGCCCUCAUACAUGUAAGGCGGAUCUGAUCUUGUUGGCAAGGGUCGAGUAUGUAAGCCCACUGGUAAUAUUAGCUUUGUCAGUAGGGCAGAUGGACGCGACAAUUGACACAAUCUGCGGAUGUCGUUGAGAAAACUCGCACUUCCACCGUAUGUUUGUUUAACUACUCCGAGGAAGUGCCGGGGCGGGCCGGGCACUUGAAAGAGGCGGUUAGGGACGCGUAACCGGGUGGAAAACAGGCAAUUCAAGGUUACUGGUGAAAAAAAGUGUGGCAGGCAACUUUAGUUUUAAUUCUAACUCUUUCCGGACCCUAGUCUUUAACCAGAAUCCAACCCUAAAUCCAACUUCCUAUUCUUAACAGCAAAAUCCGGACACCAUCUUGUCCUGACCCUAACCGUAAAGUCAACCCCAUACUCUAAUCUUAGCCCUAAACGUGUAACCCCGGAUAAACUCCAGCGUAACAUAAGCACCUAAAGCAAAUUAGUAGGUGUGUGUGUUAAGAUACUUCAAUUAUUACCGACUUGCUCACUGCGUCUGAACGUAUCUAUGAGGACAUCUAACCGUCUCACUUGUACCCCUAGACACCACGCUUAUCAAAGCCUUUCCGUCAAAUUCUGUGUGAAUCGGUACAGUUAUUUCCACUUGCAUGUUAUUGAUGUCUAUUUGACUGUAAAAUAUUGACUGUAUAAAUGCCUACGGUCCAAAAAUACUCUCUUUCUGUUUUCACUCUGCUCUUAUAAUGUCUUUUUGGGAAUUUGCCUCGCAAGAAGCUCCCGCGUCUUCUUCUUCUGAACUUGCUCAACAGACUGGUAGCAUUGAGGAGAUGACGGAGACGAUAAAGCAGUUGGUUCAGUGGCAAACUUUGUAA